UACAACACAUUUCUUCAGCUGUAGAAACAUGAAUGAACCUCAGUAGCUCUGGUAUACCAAGAGUAUUUUAGUGCUUUAAUAGGGUUUAAAGGGAAACCCGAAACAAACGUGGACACAGUUUAUAGAAGAAAGAAGCAGUAUUGUGGAGUAAUGUGAAAAAGGGAGGAUAUCUCUGAAUAUCGACAUGAAUUUACACCAGGUUGGUCGGAUGAGUCUACCCGGGAGUUUAUUCAACUACGGUACAAGCUUCGUCAUCUUUUCAAUGGACGUAAGCAUCAGUGCGAGAAGGCUUACAGUCGGAUCGUGGAUGAACUAGGACUGACCCACAUCAUAACACCUACACAAGCUAGAAAAAAAUGGUCCAAUCUACUGCAAAAAUACAUGGACAUUAAAGGAGGCUGUUCUACAGCAAAUGCAGACUGGCCAUACUUUCAAAUACUUGAUCAAGUAGUUCCUCUCAUGAGAAAAGAAAAGAUUGAAAAAAUACCACACUCAAGUUUAGACCACAGAGAUCUUGAUGCACCUCAGGACAGUUUACCCAGCCCUCUAACCACUCCUAUUGUUCCUGAACAAGAUCCUUUGUCAGAGGCCUCUGAUCCCUUAUCAGUGACCUCUGUAAAUACUGUUAUGGUGUCAGCCCAGUCAUCCACUGUAGGAGAUGGUAAAUGCAAGAUUGAAGCUGUCGAUGGUGAGCCACCUCGGAAAAGGGGAAGAGGUCGACGUGCAGCUCAACGUGCCAGAGAUAGAUGGUGGGGUGCUGUAGAAGAUGAUGACAUGGGCUCAGAUUCAACAGGGAUAGCUGUGAGAGGAGAACUUACAACUCAGCAAGGAACACCAAAAUCCUCCACAGUUGAUAACUUGGAUCCUUCUCAAAUGGAAGUCCAAACAUUUCACAUGCUAGAAUCAUGUUCUUCAGCACUGGCAGAAAUCCGUGAGACACUUAGAUUACACACUGAGCGACAAGAGACCUUGAUGCAGAGCCUUCAGCAAACUGUGAUGAGCCAGGGAAAUACUGUUAAGGAGCUGCUGUCUACCAUGACCACACAAAAUGCAACUCUUAUUGCCCUCAUGACACAGAUUAACACCAGAAGCUCCCAAUCAUCAUUAGAUAUGACAUCAACAAAUGGCAGCUUUGAUGAUCAAAAACACACAACAGAGCAGCGAGGACACAACCAUCGGGCAGGCCAGCUUUUAACUUCACAGCAAAAUUUGAUCAGUGCCUUAUCACAUGAGACUCAAGAUUGUGAAAAUCAACUAGUAGAAACCUCAGAAUUAACAGAUGAUAUGACUGGAUUGUAGAUUGAUAAUUGUUGUCAAGUUGGAACAAUAAAUUAGUUUUAUUAGUCUUUUUAUAUCACGUAUCCUUUACUGCAUUCAAAUCAAGGUGACACUUACAGUCUCCCUCAGAACUGGCUACCCUUAUACAUUCAUGUUCUUUGCUUGUGCUCAAUAAAUUUACAGAAAAAUAUUA